AUGAUAGAGAGACAGAGACAGAGACCCCCCCGAGAGCGCCGUUGGACUGGCCUUCACCCGACAGAUAACCGCCAUCUCCAGUCUCUUCUCUUCCACUUCUUCUUCAAGUCUCUGCUUCUACUUCUCUUCUUCUCUUCGUCUUCUCCAUCCUUCCGUCCCCCGGUCAACCAGCGUCCUGGCCCUCGUCGCCCAUCCCUGCCCUUCUCCAUCUGCCCCCAGGCCGCGGCACCCCCUGAUUGGCCUCUGCUCCCUCUUGCUCGUCUGUGGUCUGUUGGUGGCCUUGUCUGUGGCCUGCCUCUGCGCUCCUCUUUGGCCAGUCUCUGCUCGUUCGCUCGCUCGCUGUCGUGCCAACGCAUCAACCUCCCCCUUCUUCUUCUUGCAGGGUCGCACUAA